UAAAUAGAGAGGCAGAGCUCAGAGUUUGUCAGAAGCCAGACCUGACAGGGUCACACACAGGACCAAGCAGGAGCAGGACCUCAGCAUUUUUACUUUUUAUUACAAAUGGAGAAACAUGAAGAUGUUCAAUACUGUUUUCAAGACGGAAACUCUUCUUGCAGAAAGGCUUUUCUAUCGACAUCUAUCUACAUAACACUGUACAUCUUCUUCUCAUUGAUUUCAGCAGUUACAGUAUUUUUGAACCUAAUGGUGAUCAUCUCCAUCUCUCACUUCAAGCAGCUCCACACUACAACCAACCUGCUCAUCCUCUCUCUGGCUGCGUCAGAUCUCCUGGUGGGACUGAUUGUGAUACCAGUAAUGACUGUAGCAACAAUGGAAUCAUGCUGGGGUUUUGGGGAAUAUUUCUGCGUGUUUCAUACCUACAUUGCUUGUUUAUGUGCUUCUUUAUCUCUGGGCAAUAUGGUCUUGAUAUCUAUUGACCGCUAUGUUGCUGUGUGUGAUCCCUUAUUGUACCACUCUAAAAUAACAACAACAAGAAUCACGAGUUGUAUAUCCAUCACCUGGUGUUGUUGUAUCAUAUACCGUGCUGCUAAUGUACAAUAUUUUGUAAAUGUACAGGUGCCAAGUAAGUGUUUGAAAGAAUGUACUACUUUUGAAGGGUCAGUCUGGGUUAAUAUCACUGACAUUGUAAUUACAAUGGUUGUCCCGUGCUCUGUUAUUAUAACACUUUAUAUGAAAAUCUUUGUGGUGGCCAGAUCACAGGCCAGAAAGCUAUUUUCAAAAGAGGCUGCCAGUGUGUCUGGUGUUAAAACUGUACAGGCAAAUAAGUCUGAGAGAAAAGCAGCAAAAACUCUGUCUAUUGUUGUUUUCAACUAUCUCAUUUGUUGGAUUCCAUCUCUAUUUGUUUUCUUUUUCUUUUAUGUUUUAAUUGAUAAUUUAUCAUCAUAUUUCAUCCGUUUUCUGUCAUUUGUUAAUUCCUUAAUUAAUCCAAUCAUUUAUGCUUUCCUUUAUCCAUGGUUUAAAGUGACAGCUAAACUUAUAUUAAGACGUUCAUUGUUCCAAUAAUAUGAUUCCCUAGUUCUGCAAACAGGUUUGAUAUAGUUUUGUUCUACCGGUGUUGUAAUUAUUUCACGUAACAAUAUACUGACAUGACUCAGCUCACUGUUGUCAUCAUAGGAACAUGUGGUGUUGAUACUGAAUGAUUUGCAUGGAUUGGAAUGGAAUGACUUGGAGAAGGCAUACGCUUGUUUUAUAAAAUACAUUGUAGUCAUUGUGGAUUGUGUUCUCCAAAUACCUAAGGCUGUGGUUGUUCCAUGUUAAUGAUAAAUAGUAUGUAAGUAUUCUAAUAGCACAUUCUGAGACGUCAUGAGUCGUUCUAUAUGUUGUUUAACACCUCCCUCUAGUGGCUCAAUUGUGACACAACAUCUUCAUCAAGUGUAGUAAAGUUGAAAUGUACAAUACUGCAUGAUAUCAGAUAACGUCCAGGUCUAAAUAAAUGCUGUAUUGUGUUGUGUAGUUGAUGGUAAAAUGUAAGAAUAUACAAUUAUGGUUAACACUUUAUAAUAACAUUCAGUAAUAAACCAUUUGUAAGGAAUUUAGUCUGCUCACCUUUUAAUAUUAUGCCCACAUUUACUAAAUGUUAUUCAGCUAGGUAUUGUGACAUUUAUAAAUAACUGCUACAGUAUAUACAUUAAUUAUUCAACACAACAGAGCAAUAAUAAUAAUGUUUGUAAUAAUCUAUUUGGAAGGAAUUUACAGUUUGUUCACCAUUUAUUAAUCAUCAAUCCCAAACUUGUUAAAUGUUAGUCAGGUAGGUUUUCUCAAAUAUAUAAAUUACUACUAUAUGCAUUAAUGAUUAAGCACAACAGUGCUGGAAACCACAGUAGACACUUCAACUUCAACAUACUGGUAAUGAACAGUACCACUACUCUCACUACAUCACUGCUGCCAGGUCAGGGGUCACACCAGAGCAGCUCUCUCAGAUGCUGUGGAGUCAGAAUGACUAUAGACAUUGGUAACACUUUAUAAUUACACGUUGUAAUAAAGAAUGUAUAAUGUUUA